AUGGAUCAAGGUUCGAAUAACGAGAUAAAAGUGUUCAAGUAUCGAUGGAUAGCACUGAUUAUAUUUUGUUUGUGUACUAUCGUCAAUUUCAUGCAAUUUCUGCAAUUCUCCAUCAUUUCUAAUGUGAUAACAAAGUAUUAUGAUAUUGAUAGUUCCUUAGUUGAUCUGACCGGAUUGAUAUUUUUUGUGGUAUAUAUAAUACUGUUCCUUCCUGUGAGCUACCUCAUUGAAAAAUUUAAUUUGAAGGUAACAGCCGUCGUCAGCACAGGCUUCACAUUAGCUGGCACUGUAGUGAAACUGUUCUGUUCUGAUCCCUCCAGGUUUUAUAUAGUGCUGAUCGGCCAAGGACUAUGCGCCGUAGGACAGGUAUACCUGCUGAGCAUUCCUUCGAAAUUUGCUUCAGUAUGGUUCGGAGCCGAUCAAGUAUCCACUGCUUGUGCCAUAGCAGUUCUUGGCACACAAUUAGGUGCUGCGAUUGGAUCUAUUUUACCUCCAUUCCUUGUUGAACAUGAUCAAGAUUCAGAAAGCAUUGGAGAUGCAAUUCACCAAAUGGCUAUUUAUAAUGUUAUAUUAGCAUGUGUAGUCUUCAUCGUGGUGGUUGUAUUUUUCAAAGCUAAACCCCAACUUCCGCCGAGUCAGUCACAGCUACAACUCUUGACGUGUUCUGAAGAUCAAUCAUCUUUCUUUUCCAAUUGCAAAACCCUGUUUAAAAACAGAGAUUUCUUGUUGGUCUUGCAAAUAUUCGGAAUAUUCAAUGGUCUAUGGAACAGUUUUGGAAUACUCGUGAAUAAUAUUUACAUAAACUAUUUUCCUGAAGGACAAACUGAUAUAGGAAUUAUAACACUAUUGGCAAUAAUAGCAGGAGGCUGCAUAGGCAGCGUUGUUUUUGGAUUUGUUUUGGACCAAACACAUGAAUUCAAGAAAACAAGUAUUGCAGUCCUACUUUCAUCCUCUAUAAGUUUCAUCAUAAUGAUUUUCACAUUAUCUAUGAAAUAUAGAAUUGCCACAUAUUUCACCAUACCAUUAUUCGGAUUCUUCAUUGCUAGUAGUUUGGUGCUGGGCUUUGAAUACGCUCUGGAAGUGACUUACCCAAUUCCAGAAUCAACGAGCUGUUCAGUAUUAAACGCAACUAUUUUCGUGUUCUCGAUAAUCGCAACUUUGGCAAUAGAAGGUCUAAUAGAUGCUAUUGGAUAUUUAUAUACUUUCGUGAUCAUUUUGGUAGUAUUCAUAUUAAGCACUAUCAAUUUAUAUUUCAUUUCGCCUAAUCUACGAAGAAGAAAUGCGAAUCUCAAUAGCCAGGAAAUGCAUCCUUCUGAUGACAUUAUCUAG